UGACUCACCCGACCCGGACCCCUGCAAAUUGCUUGCUCCUCAGCCUAAUACCACCGCUCGUCAUCUCUCUUUGUUCGCGGCGACUCCGUUCUCACAGCCGCAGUAGCACCGGAAAGCGAAUGCGGUUCGGGUCUCGAAUCGCUCAUCUCCGCUCCCACCUUCCCCUCCCUUUCCCACUCUCUCCGCCUUCUUACCCUCGCUGCAAGCUUUCCCAUUCCGCCUCCGCCGCCUCCGCCGCCGCGUCGAAGGACUGCCAGUUAAAAGAAGAAAGCAAUGAGUUCUUGUCAUGGUUGCAGAAAAAGGCGGGUGUUGAGAUAUCCUCCAUGCUAUCAAUUGGAAAUUCUGUCUAUGGCAGAUCACUGUUUGCAUCAAAAUACAUAAGAGCUGGGGACUGUAUUUUGAAGGUUCCUUACAAUGUUCAAAUGACUUCAGAUAGAUUCCCUUCAGAAAUUGAGCCGUUUCUUGUUCAUGAUGUUGGAAAUAUAUCACGACUUGCUGUAGUUCUUCUAGCGGAGCAGAAACUGGGUCAGAAUUCUGGAUGGGCAACAUAUAUUAGCAAUCUUCCUCGUAAGGAUGAGAUGCAUAACACGAUAUUCUGGAGUAAAGAUGAACUGGAGAUGAUUCGUUCCAGCCCAGUAUAUCAAGAAACUUUCGACAAAAAGGCUUACAUUGUGAAGGAAUUUUCGGCGCUUAGACCAGCUCUGGAACAUUUUCCCCAGACCUUUGGUGAUGUUCGAUUGGAGGACUUCAUGCAUGCAUAUGCUUUGGUAAGUUCGAAUUGUGAACUAGUAAGUUUGAUGGUACCUCACAGUUACAUCUCGAGCAUGGGCGACCUCGAAGGGCAUAUAUUUGAUUUUCUCAAUCAUGAUGGCACUUCUGAUGCAAUUUUACUAAGUGAUGAAGAUAACAAAAUUUCUGAGGUUAUUGCUGACCGAGAUUAUGAUAUUGGUGAACAGGUAAUGAUUAGAUAUGGGAAGUUCUCUAAUGCUACACUUUUGCUGGACUUCGGUUUUACUCUUCCAUAUAACACUUAUGAUCAGGUACAGAUUUGGAUGGAUGCACCAUUCCAUGACCCUUUGUAUCAAAUUAAAUUGGAACUUCUGCAAAACCAUUGCUUACCAAGGAUCGUGGAUGCUAGUGGUUUCAAUAGUUCAAAGAGUUCCUUUGUUAUCAAGGAAGUUAAAUCUACAAGUGGAAAGGGACAAGGCAUCCCCCAGGCUCUCCGUGCAUAUUGUCGGGUUUUAUCUGCUACUUCACUUGAAGAACUGAAAGCUUUGACUGUUGAGGCUGCUGAAAAUGAUGGCAGAUUGGCACGACGCACUUUAACCGACAGGGAUAGAGAGAUUCAGGCUCAUCGCAUGCUGCUUUCGCAAUUUAUCCCCAUGAUUGAGGAUCACGAUGCUGCUCUUAAGGUGCUCGAGUCUUCUAACCAAUUUUCUGUUAGAAGACAAAUGGCAAAAGAUCUCCUCAAGGGCGAGCUUCGAGUUCUGCAGUCUGCAUGUGCCUGGCUGACAAAUUACUGUGAAAACAUAUGCUAGAACAGGAACUAUUCGAUAAUUCACUGCUUUAGGAUCCACAAUCUGUAGGUGUAUUCUGUGAAGUAUCUCCUAUAUAAUCAGCAGCCAUCAAAAGUUGUUAUUUGUAACCUACUAGCUUAUCCAUUUUAUUAUGUGCAUUUGUUCUUUGAUUA